AUGUUAGUUAUCUGCCCUAAUCAUCAUCAUGAAAAUCUAACCUCCAAAAAAGAGUAUGAUAUAAACACAUUGGAUGAAAACGCCAGGAAAAUUAUAACGCAGAUAAAAAUUCAUCAUAAAGAUGAAUUACGCAAUGAAUUAAGUAAUAAUUUAACAUUGAAUACAACUAAAAAUUUAUCAGAUGUAUCUGAUCUUGAGAUAGAUGAAACUUCUGCUCUGAAGAUGGAGAAUGACUUAUUAAGACAACUAAAUACUGAACUACAAGCCCGAAACAGUUUACUGGAUAAGAUUGUUGAAAAUGGAAAUUUUUUCAAUAAUAAAAUCUCGACGUAUGCUGAUAUUGCUAAAGGUUCUGAGAAAUCAAAUGAAAAAGUCCCUAAAAUCAUAGUGAAAGCUAAAAAUAUAAAUAAUAAUGUUGAAACUUUGGAGAAGAUGAAAAAGAAAUUAACUAGUGAUAUUUCUUUACCUAUUAAUAAUGUAAGAAAAAAUAACAAUGGAUGUGUAUCUGUUAAGUGUAAAAAUAUGAAUGAUUUACAGAAAGUUAAAUCGGUUUUGAGUGAUAAAUUAGGUAAUGACUAUUGUGUGGACUUAGAGCAUCUUAGCAUGCCGAAAGUUAAAGUCUUAAAUGUAGAAAACGACCUUAAUAAAGAUGAAUUAUGCGAGGAUAUAUACUACAGGAAUUUUCUGGACCUGGAUGAUCAUUAUCCUAUUUUUGUAUCGCUAGUAUCGAAACCUAUAAAAAUAAUUCCGAAAGUAGCCUACUCUAUUAAUUACAAUAAGCUAGCUAAAUUAAGUGGUCAAUAUAAAUGGUCAGUGCUUACUGAAAUAAAAGACCCUGAUGAAUUUUUCAAAAUACUGAUUGACAAAGUUCAAAUGCUCAUUAAUGAAUCUAAAUUUAAGGUAGUUAAUACAGUAAACAAAAAUAAUAAUAAACCUAGGAGUAACUGGAUUACAAAAGUGUGUGCAAAAAUUAGUCAUGAAAGAAACUAUGUAAAUAAAAUUUUUAAAGACAGCAAAAAGAUGUGGCAAUAUGUCAGUAGUAAAAUAGGUAAAAAGGAUAAAAUAGCGCGAGAUAUAGAAUAUUUAAUCUGUAACGAAGAGAUCAUAUCAGAUCAUCAGGCAAUUGCUGAUGAAUUUGUAAAUUUCUUCACUAAUAUUGGUGAAGAGAUUGAUCCCAAAAUUGAUGGAGAUAAAAAAAUUCCCGAAGAAACAAAGGACACAGAUGAUAUUACAGAAAAUUAUAUUUUAAAAAAGAAGAGCAGUGAAGUGCAACAUUUAAAAGAGGAGUUAACAACUUACUUUGCAAAUUUGAAAAAAAGCUAUCAAUAUUUGAUGACUGUUAUCAAUGGUUAUGUACAAGAAUUAAAAAAACGUGACGAUAAAUUAAUAGAAUUACUGAAUCAAUCAAGACCAAUUUUUUUUGAUGGACUUAAAAUGAGCUCAUUUUUAGAUCAAAUAAAAAUGGUUGAGUCACAACUUUAUGAUACAAACAAUGCACGUGACAAGUUAUUAAAUGAAUUAUAUAGAAUUUUAGAACACAAACUAACCAAUGAAAAGCUCCUUCAAGAUGCAUACGAAAAAUCUAAAAACGAAAAGAAUGAAAACAAUAAAAUUUCUGAGCGAGGGUUGGACAUAAAUCCAAUUUUUGAUUUAAAAAAUAAAGUUAAUAAUUUGGAAAAAGAUGAAUCAUUCACAGAUUUAAACCUUGGAACAUUUAAAAACGAUGAAAAUUUGAACACGCUAUUAGAUCAACAAAGACAAAAUGUUGAGGAAUUGCAGCAAUCGGAAGAGUAUCUUCAAACAUCCAGUAAUGAAUUUAAAUUUCUUGAAAUUAGUAAGGCUAAUGAAGUUAAAUAUGAAAAUGAGUAUAAAAAGUUAUCACAAGAAAAAAUUGAAUGGAAUGAAAAAUUGAAUUAUCUUAGAGAAAAGUUGAUUAAAAAUGAAGAAGACUUGAAACAAGUUAAUAAUCGAUUAGUUCAAGAAGAAAAUGGAAUGAAAGCAUUAACAACAAAUAUAUCUGAUAAUAAAAAGCAAUUGAAAUUAUUUGAAUUGAAAAUUACGAAGCUAGAAACAUUGAAUAAUGAAAUUCACAAUAAACUUACAAAUGUUACAGAAGAUAGUUUAAAUAAAUUACUGACAGAUAUACAAGAAGUUACGGAAGUAAGAACAACUAAUGAUAAUAUUCCUAUAUUUUCUCCUGAAAAAAGUUCUCAUCUUUCGCCCGCUGCAUCAAGUACACUUAUAGCAUUAAAAUCAAAGGAUGAAAAUUCAAAAAAUAAGAUUAUUAGUUUAGAGGAAACUAUUGAAUUUUGCAAGUUUGGAAUCUCUCAAUUAAAACGUAAAAUUGAAACCUUAGAUGCUCUUUUUGACAAUACUAAGAAAUUCAGAUUGUAUAAAGAUGAAUUUGAAUAUAUUCAAAAUGAAUUAUCAACUAGUCGAAGUGAUGAACAAAGUUUCAAUCAGUUAGACAAACAACUUGGUAAUAAAAAUUUGGAUGAAAAAAUGGACUUAACAACGAUUAAAAGUCUAAUAGAAGAGAAUCAAAUAAUUAAAAACAAAUUGAAAGAAUAUGAAAGUAUCAACAAAAGAUUAAGUAAUGAUUUGAAUAAGACUGAAGAAGGUCAUGCUAAUUUAAGUGAAAAGAUUCAUACUUUACUAAACAAUGUCGUAGGUUCAAGAAGUUCCAUUGGACAAUUAGGAAAUGGAUUCAAUCAAGUAAAAGAAACACUUUCAACUGCGAAGGAAGAUAUUGAUUCAUUACGAAAAAAAACUGGCAGAAUUAAACAUGAUACUGUGGCAUUAAAAAAUCAUAAUGAAAGUUUGAAGGCUGAGAUUUUAGUUUUUAAUAAACAAUUAAAUGAAAAUAAUAACCAUAUGAAGUCUAUGAACAAAAUACUCGAACUGUUAAAAAUGAAACUUCACGAUAAGCAAACCCAUUCAGAUGAGUUGCAGUCUAAUUUUCAUGAUUAUAAGUCAAAUAUUAAAUAUUUGAUGACAGAAGUUCAUAUUCUAAAAAAAGAAAUAGAAAAUUUGAAGAAAUAUUGUGAUAUUAAAGAAGUUAAAUUAAAUAAUACAAAAAUUGCUGAGGAAGGUUUGUAUAUUGUAAAAAAUGAAUUAACUGAAUUAACCGAAAAAUGGGAUGAACUUAUAUCAAGUAUUGACUAUUUAAAGAAACAAACAGAAGAUUCAAAGAAUUAUCCAGAUGAAGAAUACGAUGAGCCAAAAAAAAAAGUGACUCGUUCACCAGCUGAUUUUUCAAAGAAAAUAAAAGACAUUUCUCAAAAAAGUCCUCUGCAAGAUGAAUUAGAAAUUUUAAGGAGUAACACCGUAAACUUGGAAGAAACUAUUGAAACAAGUAUGGUCGACAACAAUCACCUAUAUGAGGAACUUGCAAAAAUUCAAAAUGACAUGUCUACACUUGAAGUAAAAUCUAUUAAGUCAUUAAUGGUAAAUGAUGAACUUAUCGAUAAGGUUAAAUUAAUAACUCAUGAGAACGCUAGUUUAAAUAAAAAAGUAGACCGGUUGCAUCAUUAUGAUAAUGUGGAUAUUGAAAGUAGACAUAAAGAAAAAUUAUUAAUACACGAUAGUUUGCCAACUAAAACACAAAUUUCCGAGUUGAGGAGUAAAGAUAUUAUUGAUAUUAUUGACAAUAGUAUGAUUAACAGUACAUUUACCAAUGUAAAUAAAUUACUCAAAGAAGUUGAAUUGGACGACAAAGACACGUUUGACGUUGAAGUCGCUAAUCAAUCUUUUGACAACGUAAAAGUUCAGCAAGGAACUUUGAAGAAACUGCAAAAAAGAAAUAUAGUGUUGCAUAAUAAUUCAGAAAUAAUAAAAACAGAUUUACGAAUGAGUAAAAAUGAGAAUCGAAAUUCGAAUAAGAUAAAUCCUAGAGCAAAUGAAUCAAUUAUAGGAAUAAAAACUAAAGAUAAUGUUAAUUUUACAAACACCGCUCGUAGUAAAGUUGAGAGUAAACGACAAUUCCAAAGAAAUAUUUCUCCAAAAGAAAAUAUUCAAGUACUAAAUUUAGGACAACGGCACGUUAAAACAGAACGACAAAAAGGUCUGAGAGAACAAAAUCAUGAGAUUCUGAACACUUCUUUAAAAGAAUUUGAUGAUGAAUCAUCAAAUAAAUAUUGUCGUGAUGAUAAUGAAGAUGUAUUCCAUGAGUUUCAUCACUUUAUUUCUAAAAAAAUGAAGAAACAUCUUGAAGAUUAA